AUGGAGCACUUUCAGGGAGCUUGGAAGACCCUGAGCAACGGCUUUGGAAUGAAGGACUCUGCCUUCGAGGGCCCGUGCCUCUCACCAACUGUGAUCCAGGGAUUUCCCUGCCAGCGUCGCUCCUCAGAUGACAGCAAAAUACCCGACUCGAAGACUAGCAGCACCAUCCGUGUCUACCUCCCAAACCAGCAGCGCACUGUGGUAAAUGUACGACCAGGUAUGACUCUGCAGAGUUGCCUGAUUAAAGCCUUAACGGUGCGAGGCCUGCAGCCUCAGUGUUGUGCUGUUUUCAGACUCCAUCCGGGGCAAAGAAGUAAAAAACUACGGAUGGACUGGAAUACAGACUCAACCUCGCUGAUUGGUGAGGAGUUGCUGGUGGAAGUUUUAGAUCAUGUUCCUCUUACCACACAUAAUUUUGUCCGGAAAACAUAUCUGAAGCUAGCGUUCUGUGACAUUUGCCAGAAGUUUCUAUUGAACGGUUUUCGUUGCCAAACAUGUGGCUACAAGUUCCAUGAACACUGCAGUACCAAAGUACCCACAAUGUGUGUAGACUGGAGCAAUAUUCGACAACUCCUUUUGUGUCCGAAUCCUGGUGAGAGCGUUGCCCCGUCGCUUCCCCCGUUAACAUCUCGGCGAAUGAGGGAAUCAUUAACUCGCUUUCCGAGCUCUGCCCAUCGAUAUUCAACGCCACAUGCCUUCAACUACGCCACACCCUACUCACCCACAGGCGGUGGUCUGUCCCAGAGACAACGCUCCACUUCAACACCAAACGUCCAUAUGGUUAGCACAGCCCUGCCUGUGGAUGGAAGUAUGAUUGAGCUAGACUGCCUGAAUACCUUCCCCACAUCCUGGUGUCAUAGAUUCUGGCUGAAGAGGAAAGAUGCAAUGCAAGAUCACGACUCUGGUAAGGUUUUUUUUUUGGCCUCCUCACCCAGCCAGAGUCCAACAGGAUGGUCCCAAUUGCAAGCCAAAACCCCUGCACCUGCCCACCGAGAGAGGGCUACAUCCUUCAAUACUCAGGAGAAGAAUAAAAUUAGGCCUCGGGAAAAGCGGGAUUCUAGUUACUACUGGGAGAUUGAAGCCAGUGAGGUGUAUCUUCAGUCCCGCAUUGGUUCAGGCUCGUUUGGAACUGUAUACAAAGGGAAAUGGCAUGGUGAUGUAGCAGUAAAGAUUUUAAAGGUGACCAAUCCAACCCCAGAACAGUUACAGGCAUUUAGAAAUGAAGUAGCUGUUUUACGAAAAACAAGACAUGUCAACAUCCUAUUGUUUAUGGGCUACAUGACAAAGGACAACCUGGCCAUUGUGGCCCAGUGGUGCGAAGGCAGCAGCCUCUACAAACACAUUCAUGUCGUGGAGACAAACUUCAAGAUGAUCCAGCUCAUAGACAUCUCCAGACAGACGGCACAGGGCAUGGACUAUCUACAUGCAAAGAACAUCAUUCAUCGUGACAUGAAAUCCAACAACAUCUUUUUGCAUGAAGGGCUCACGGUGAAAAUUGGCGACUUUGGUCUCGCAACGGUAAAGGCCAGGUGGAGCGGCUCGCAUCAGGUGGAGCAACCUUCUGGGUCUAUUCUCUGGAUGGCUCCUGAAGUCAUACGGAUGCAGGAUAACAAUCCCUACAGUUUCCAAUCUGAUGUCUAUUCCUAUGGAAUUGUGCUUUUCGAGCUCAUGACAGGAGAGCUUCCGUACUCCCAGAUAGCUAACAGAGAUCAGAUCAUCUUCAUGGUGGGACGGGGCUAUCUGUCACCUGAUCUCAGUAAACUCUACAAGAACUGUCCCAAAGCCAUGAAGAGGUUGGUCGCUGACUGCAUUAAGAAAUCAAAGGAUGAAAGGCCUCUCUUCCCACAGAUCCUGUCCUCUAUCGAGCUUCUUCAACACGCCUUGCCUAAGAUAAACCACAGUGCCUCAGAACCUUCUCUGCACAGAGCCUCUCAUACCGAGGAUAUCAACGCUUGUACUCUGACCUCCACCAGACUGCCUGUUUUUUAA